CUACCCUUCCCACAAACCCAUGCCAACCGCCCACUAUUCUUAAUUAAACAAAAGAAAGAGAGAGACGGAAAAAAGGAGGAGUUGAUCUUGUAUUUAUUGUUGAAGGAGUCAUUUUGGCGUGUCCUCUUCUUCUCUUUCUCCUCCUCCCCCGAUUGACCUAGAUCGAAGAUCGAGAGCAUCCUAUUCCUAUACCACCGCCCGGUGGUGGUAAGAAAAAAACAAAACAGAAAUCGUCAUGGCAACGUCGGAGGAGAAGGGUAGAGCUCUUCCAAAAUUUGGGGAGUGGGAUGUGAAUGAUCCGACAACGGCAGAAGGUUUCACAGUGAUAUUCACCAAGGCCAGGGAUGAAAAGAAGAACGGUACUUCCGGUGGAGGAGGAGGGGGAGGAUCGGCCGCCGCUGCUGCUGAUAAAAGGCGCAACGAUGACAAUAAGGCUCACGGUAAAUCAAGCAAGAGAUGGCUUUGCUUUACUUUUGAAGAGCGUUAAUUUAAAAACUAGUGAUCCCUCGCGUCGCGGGUAUUAAUUACGAUUUGUUGUGAUCACAAUUAAUGAUGGGUGGGUGAUUAAUUGUUUGGGAAUCAUUAAUUCAUUUGUUUCCAUCUGAUCGUCUUCUUCAUUUUCAAAUUGUAAUUAUAUUUUGACGACAUCCUUUUGUGUUUACUAAUGGUGGAUGACAAUCACGUUAUUACUUGUCAUCAUCAAAUGAUCGAUCACACUUUCAUUCACGUUUCAUGAGGGUUUCUUCUUUCUAUAUCUUCUGUGCGUGAAUCCUUUACCU